AAGCAUCAACUUGUCGCGUCGAGGAAUUGUUCAUCCUUGCAAUGGCAUGUCGAUUCAUGCAGGGGUUGGUGCAUGCACCGGACUACCUCCAACGCAGUCAUCGCAGUUCCAGCACCUUAUUGUUCAAGGUUUGAAUGGGAAACUACCUAUCUUUGGACCAUACAAGUAUCGCACAGCUUCACAUACCCAGGAGACUGUAACAACACGUGCGCAUGAUGGUGUAGUUAGUGCGUUACUUGUCCUUCUUCCUCUCCUUCUCGUCGUUCGGUUAGCUUUGCGUGCUGUGCGCAAGGAUGGCCGUCGCAUCUGAAUCUUCAGGUUUGCAGCUUAGUCUACUUGAUUCGGCUCCAGCGUCGUCUUCGGGAGGCUUUGGAGUAAAUACUGCAUCAGCAUUUCCGUCGCAGGAUAACACAAAGAGCAAAAGCACAGAUGGUCCCACUGCUGUGACGAGACAUGAAACAUAUUACAUUCAGAGUGGGGACAUUGUUUUUCAGGUUGAAGAUACACUAUUCCGCGUACACCGAUAUUUCUUUGAGCGUGAAUCAGGGCUGUUCCGUGACAUGCUGUCCCUCCCAACACCUAGCGAGGCGAAUUCAAGUACCGAUGCGGAUAAAGAAAAAUCGGCGCUACGCCAACUUGAAGGAACAACGGACAACAAUCCGAUCAAUCUUCCGCAAGUGACAAGCGACGAUUUCACAAGCUUCCUCUGGGUAUUUUACAAUCCAACACAUUAUCAAUACCAGGCACCAAUUCAAACAUGGGUAUCUAUCCUCCGUCUCGCUCAUCGUUGGGACUUCCCAUCCAUUUGUGCUCUCGCUUUCCAGGAACUCGAAAGUGCUCCACCCACGAUGCGUCUUAACCUCGGAGAUAAAUACGAUGCUCCAACGGACUGGCGCAUGCAUGCUAUGAUGGAGCUCGUGUUUCGUCGUAAAGCGCUCACUGCUUCGGAGGGGGAAGAGUUGGGUCCGUCUUUGGUAGUGCGGAUUGCGGAAAUGCGAGAGAAUACGCGGGGAGGGAAGGAUUCGCUCCAUGAGCGAAGGCUGGACUAUUUCUACGAUCACCGCAAUUCAUAUUCGCCAAGACGAUCGCGCACACCGUCACCGCAACCAGUUGCUUUUGAACCUUUACCACACACUGUGCCGCCUCCGGUCAUAAUCCAGCCUCCUAUCAUCAUUCCGCCUCCGCCCAUGGCACCUCCCGAUUUGGCGCCCGUGCCGGUCUAUGAUCCACCGCCUUCUACAGCUUCCAGCUUGGACAGUGAAAAUAACGGAGGAACGAUAAAAUGGCACUCAAGGGCAGAGGCGAUGUUCCGUCGUUUGUCCAGAAUCUCAUUUUUUACGUAGGGGUAACGUUACGUGAAUGUUUGCGAGGCGAAGUGAGGCUAUUGAUUUGACACCACUAUUUCUAAAAGUUACGUGGGUCCUUAAUGUCUGAUCUGUAACGUAUUUUGAAGCACUCGUGUAUUAUUUUCCAAUGCAUCUAACUGGGA